AUGUGUGCAUCCUUGUGUGUUGCUGCAGCAUCUGCAACAGCAGCAGCAGAAGCAGCAGCAGCAGCUGCUGCUGCUGCUGCGCAUAUCGAUAAUGUCGAGGAGGAGGAUGAGGGCCUCCUUUUUACUGACGAUUCUCCAUCCUCCUUGGGGGCCCCCUGCAGUAUAGGGGGGCCCCCAGUACCCUUAUGUCCCCUGGAUCCCUUAGAGCCCUUAUCUCCUGCUGUUAAUGACCAGCAACUGCAGGACGAACAGAAACCCCAACCCCAACAACAACAACAACAGCAGCAGCAGCAGCAGCAGCAGCAACAGCAGCAGCAGCAGCAGCAGCAGCAUGUAUUAGGGGGCCCUUUGCUGCUAGCUAGUACCUCUGUUAGCAGUAGUGGUAUUUCUCUUACAGGGGAGAAUGAUGAUACAUUCCCUGAUGUUUUAUUGCAACAAAAGGGCCCCCCCCAUGUUGCUGCAUGCACAACAACAACAGCAGCAGCAGCAGCAGCAGCAGCAACAGCAACAACAGCAGCAGCAGCAGUAGAAACACAACAACCAAUAACAACAGCAACAGCAACCCCACCACCAUCAAUAACAAUAACACCAUCAUCCCCCCCCCCUCCACCAUCACAACCAGCAUCAUCAUCAUCAUCAUCAUCAUCAGUAGGAUCAGCAGCAGCAGCAGCAGCAGCAGGAGGAGGAGGAGGAGGAGGAGGAUGUGCAGCAGGAGCAGCAGAAGGAGGAGCAGAAUUAUUGCAUGCAGAGUUAUUAACAUUUGAAUUAUUAAUAUAUAUUCGUAAAUUAUUUAUUAGUUGGUCUCAAUACCAAGAUAAUUUCUUCUUUCAUUGGGAUCGUUUAUGUAUUGAAUGGAGAAAUAAAAGGGUACUAGGGGGCCCCCAUAUCGGGGGCCCCCAAAUUGGGGGCCCCCAAAUGGGGGGCUCCCAAAUGGGGGGCCACCAAAUUGGGGGCCCCCAAAUGGGGGGCCACCAAAUUGAGGGGAACCAAAUGGGGGGGACCCAAAUGGGGAGCCCACAAAUGGGGGGGCCCCAAAUGGGGGGCCCCAUAAUUGGGGGCCCCAAAAAUGGGGAGGAGGGGAACCAUGAUGGGGAAGGAGGGGAUAAUAAGGGUAUAGGGAUAAGGGAUAAGGAAAUAAAUAUAGGCAAUAAGGAAAGAAUAGGAAAAAGAAGAAAAAGGACAACACAACAAUAUAUAGGGAGGGGAUAUAUUGGGGGCCCUAAAGAAGAAAAAGGGGGAGAAGGAGGGGAGGAGGAGAAGAAGGAGAAGGAGGAGAAGGAGGAGGAGGAGGAGGAGGGGGCCCCUAGAGAGAAUAGGGUACUAGAGGGUACUGAGCCCAAAGAGGCACAUAAUGAUGAUGAUGAGGAUAAACAGAAAGAGGAGGAGAAACAGAGGGAGAAAGAGGAGGAGGAGGAAGAAGAAGAAGAAGAAGAAGAAGAAGAAGAGCAGCAGCAGCAGCAACAACAACAAGAUAUGCAGGAGCAGCAGCAGCAGCAGCAAGAACAGGGAACACCCGCACAAGAAGAGGCCACUAGAGACACAGUAGAUAUUCUACGGUACUAA